CGUCCUCGGCGUCUUGUCUGCGGGAAGAAGGCUGGAGGUUCUCCCGUCUCUUCGCUCCAGUCCCGCCGGCCCGGGUGGAGGCAGCUCGGACAACUGGCUGGACCAGAGAGAACCCACCGGGCAUUCCAUAAUCUUCAUUAUUCAUUCCAUAAUCUAAAGCACCGUCCAUGUCCAAGUCAAGCCAGAUGCCACUGUCCAACAUCAGCGUGCCAAAGCCCUCCAUUUCCCGCGUGCCCAGCAGCAUGGAGGGCAUCAACCACGAGCUGGAAAAGGUCUUCAUCAAAGACAACGCAGACAAGGAGGAGCUGAAGUCGCUGGAGGUUCCUGAUGGCCGCAGAGCUCCUUUCCCUCCCCAGCAGCGCAGCAGCAGCCAGCGCAGCGCCGACACCCAGACUCCCUCAGGUCCUGGUCGCUCCAGCAGCUGUUCCAGCUUGUCACCCUGCCCCUCACCUGCCUGCCCACCUGGGUCACAUGACAGCAGUCCUUACUCCACCGAGGACCUACUCUACGAUCCUGAUAAAGACGGUGAAAGCAGUUCACCGCUCCCCAAAUUCGCCUCCUCACCAAAACCCAACAACAGUUACAUGUUCAAGCGAGAGCCGCCUGAAGGUUGCGAGAAGAUCAAAGCUUUCGAGGAGAUGAGCUCCCGACAGUCCAGCUCAGCAUCAGCGCUCCUCUUCUCCUGCCCUGACAAAAACAAGGUCAACUUCAUCCCGACCGGCUCAGCAUUCUGUCCCGUCAGACUCCCAGCAUCCCUGCAUGUAACGCCCAGCGUGCCACCCCAGGAACACGAGGACGGCACAACAUCAUCAACAUCGCACGCUUUUACCACUCAAGUCUCCACCAGCACCAGCACAGAAGAAGACUCCAUCAGCUAGACCUUUUACACCUUCAAGUGUGACCACUGACAUCCAAACACCUUGUGUUUGGAUGUCAGUGGUCGUACUUGAUGGAGUUUGGAGAGUCAGUAGUCACAACUGAAGGACUUUGGAGAGUCAGUGGUCACAAC